CGUGUUUCGGGCCGAGCCUGAUCGCCAGUGGGACCAGGCCCAGAUUCCGGAGCAGUUCGUGGUCGGGUAGCCCAAGACUGGGACACGUUCAGAGGAGUGUGCGCAAUGUCGAGUUUCUCAAGAGCGCAACAGCAAUGGGCUACUUUUGGCAGAAUAUGGUAUCUCUUAGAUGGAAAAAUGCAACCUCCAGGCAAACUUGCAGCAAUAGCAUCAGUCAAACUUCAAGGGCUACAUAAACCUGUAUACCAUCAAUUAAGUAAGUGUGGGGAUCAUGUUGUCAUAAAGAACACAAGGCAUAUUGCAUUUUCUGGGAAUAAAUGGGAACAAAAAGUAUACUCUUCUCACACUGGCUACCCAGGUGGUUUCAGACAAGUUACAGCAGCUCAGCUUCACCAACGGGAUCCAGUGGCAAUUGUUAAACUAGCUAUUUAUGGAAUGUUACCAAAGAACCUCCACAGAAGAACCAUGAUGCAAAGGUUACAUCUUUUUCCAGAUGAAGAGAUUCCAGAAGAUAUACUUAAGAAUAUAGUAGAAGAGCUUCCUCAGCCACGAAAAAUACCUAAAAGACUAGAUGAAUAUACCCAAGAAGAAAUUGAUGCUUUCCCAAGAUUAUGGAAUCCACCUGAGGAUUUCCGGAUGUAAUUGGAAGAAUAUUAAAAAACACACAUACACACACAGAGAGAAACCUCUGAGACUUCUGACAGUUCUGAUUUCUUCCUUGAAAACUUUCUCCCAACCUGAAAAAUCAAGAGAAUCCACCUACUGUUUGGAGAAAGUGUUCUAUUAAACAUGGAUGCAGAAGAUUUAUAGGCAAAAUAAUCAGAGUAUAAACAGGAAGGGACAAGAAAAUAAUUUAUUGUACAAUUGUUCAGUAACCAUGUAAAAUGCUCAGAAUAAAAUCUUUUGAUCAGCU